AAAUACAUGUGUAGCUUCAUUUUCCCAUGUUCCAUCCCCACCAACAAUCACUUUACUUGUUCAUCUUCAAGGAGACUGACAUUCCCCUUCAUCGUUUCUUCUUCCUAGCUAGUCAGGGAUAUGGCUUCUUUGUGGUUUCUCAACCUCCUUUUCAUAUGCUUUCAUCACUUCACAUGGCUUGUUGUUGCUCUGUUGUAUCCUAUGCGUGCUUCCAUAAAAGCAAUUGAGACUGAUUCCUAUGAAGAAACUAAGCAUUUGAUCUCAUAUUGGAUACUUCUUUCAUUAAUUUACCUCUUUGAUUUUGCUUUAAUGAGCCUUAUUCCAUGGUUUCACCUUUGGCCGUACAUUAAGCUAAUGAUCGUCUUCUGGCUCAUCAGACCUGACUUUCGACGAGCUUCUUAUGUUUAUAAUAACCUUAUGCGCAUCAUGAAACCACAAAUAGUCACAUGCUGGAGGAAGUGUUUUGUAGAGAAAGAUAACUUUUUAAUGCAUGCAGAGAGAUAUAUGAAAGAGAAUGGAACUGAGGCCUUAGAGAAACUCAUUGCUAGUAAGACAAAUGGGGAAAGAUUCCAAACAGAACACAAAGACAUCAAAGAUUUGGAGGCUAUUGUGAAAAGAGAAAUUCCUGCAACCAAGCAAAUGACCUAUGCUAAUAUUGAGGCAAGUCGAAAGGUAUCAUCAGCCAUAGUAGAAACCAAAGGAAUACUGGGAAGAGACCCAGCUGGCGGAGAGAUUCCUCGGAGUUCUACACAGAAAGAUGUGCAGAAAGAGUGGAUUUGUGCUUUGUGUUUGGUAAAAACAUCGAGCGAGAUAACCUUGAAUUCCCACCUCAAUGGGAGGAGACACAGGGAAGCUUGUGAAGCAGCAUCCGCAACUUUGAAAGCAAAGAAGCAACCUGCUUCGCAAAAGAACGUCCUGCCAGAACCUUUUAGGAUGAUUAAUUCCAAAUUAAUAUGUAAAGUUUGUAAUGUUAUGCUUCCAAGUGAGGAGUGCAUGGCCUCUCACAUAAAAGGGGUGAAGCACUUGUCUAAUAUGAAAAGUUGAUUGUUACUUUAGAAUCAUAGCCAUGCCACAGGGACAUUGCUUGAAAGUUGAAAGUAUGUAGAAAUCCUUCUUGACAGCAUUUGCUGGUUAUCCAAUCACACUUCUGGUGCAUAUAUAUUGAUCCUGAUGUUAUGUUAUGUAACUGUUUUCGUACCAAAUAAAUUG